GUGCACAUAAUUUUUUUGCCCAGGUUCUCAGAGGAGGACCUGGAGAUGUGACUUGGUCCUCAUUGAGCUUGAGAGCCGACCCGCCUGAUGCGAUACAUUUAUGACAAGCUUUACUUAGAGCCAAUUAACUUUAAUUAAUUAUAUUAACAAUUAAUGCUUGAUUAACAUCAACUGGCACAACAAAAUUGCCAUUACUUUGAAGUGAAAUGUAAAGAAAUAAACAUAAAAGCACCAAUUCAAAAUAAAGGGCAUUAUGCGGCUCCCACAUUAAAUCCAAGCCUUUUUAAAAGUGGGAUGUCCUCCUCAUAAGACCUCAUUGAACGUGCAUGUUUAGCUUUGUAAAAUGCGAGCAAAAACACGUUUAUCAGUGCAUGUCGCUGUUCAUUACCUUUAUUCCGCCACAUGUCCAUAGGGCGAGUGGGAUUCUGUUUGACAUCGAUAGUUUGCUUAAUUGCCACAUGCUCUCUGUUUUUUUCGUGCUUUUCAAAGUUUGGAUGGCUGAAAUUCUUUGACCCUACAUAAAAUGCGCACUGCUCUUAUCGGCGACAUUGGGAUUGUCACGGCACAUUUUGUACCGCAUUUCCGUGCGAGCAUCAUUUGCUUCUAGCAAUGGUACCUCUGGAAGCCACUUUUCAGCAAAAGUCCUUUUUUUCGGUAGCUCCGGUGACGUCUCUGUCGUCUGUCUGUCUUUUGACGGGGGUGGGGGAACACGGAAGUAAUUACUCAGUGUGGCCUGCCUUUUCUACAUUUUGAGAAGUUAUUUUCCAGUGUCCGCCGCAAAUACAGUGGUCAGCCAUCGGUACGCAAAAGCGUAUGGAAACCGUUGAGGGCCAGCGCGUUUGUCUACGUCCAGUCUGCAUGCGCGCAUGCGGACCACUUAUGUGCACCCCUGUACAUAUAUAUAUAUAUAUAUAUAUACACAUGCCUUCAGAAUGUGAUCAAAUAAGUGAUAUAAAUCAUUUGAGCAACCAUUAUAGCGUAAAAACAUACAUCAAGACAAAAUCACCAUAAUGUCUUUGGGAAAAAAUGGUUAUUUCAAUAUGAAUGUUUCAGAAUUGCAAUCAAUUUUCUCAAGCUAGGUAACCAAAAGGCCGAAUAAUGUACUAGUGUAUUUUAAUAUCAAAGCCGUCUUGUGCAAAGAUGGGUUGUCUAAACAGUCAUUAGAACAUAUUUGUGAAUCAUACUUGUAGAUGCUUAGCAUUGUAAGUGAUUUAAGAAAACUUGUUUAGAUUAUAGUUGCUGCUACUUAACCGUUCAUAGGGCACUCAUUUAACUCAUUGGCUGCCAUUGACAGCAGUGUGAGUGUCGCUGCCAAGCCUCCCAGUCAUAAUGGAUUGGACGUCGAGCGCUGUCAAUGGCAUUUUAACAUGCCCGUUCACAGCCAAUCCUCACAGUUUAAAUUUAUUGGACGUCUAUCGUUGUCAAUGCCAGGCAAUGUUUUAAAAACUAUGGGGUGGGAAAACUGGUGGUGGCCGCAAGAGGAGUGUAUUUAAAUUUCUAUCCUUUAUAAUUAAAAGAAUUUUGUUAUUUUUACCAUUUUAUCAAUUUAUAAUUCUAUUUAUAUUUAAAAUAUAUAUUUUAAAAUAUAUUACAAUACAAUCAUAUUUAAUAAAGUCUAUAACUAUACUCGAGACCUGGCAUCCACUAACAUGGACAUCACAUUUUGGGGUCAUGAAGGCCACACUUGGAUACCAUAUGUUUAUAUCGCAGACUACUUGACGGAAAAUGUGAUGUCCACAAUGUGGUCAUUUAUUUAUUUUUAAUUAGCAAAAAUAGUCACUUGCCUUAUGAAGGGUUAAGGGAAAGCACGCCCACGGGUUUUUGAUUGGGUGUGGAGGGGCUACCAAGGUCAUUAACAACUUCACCUUCAACUCUGAAUAAUUGUGUGCGUCAGCCAAUGAGAGAAGAGGCUAAUGAUCUCCAACAUUAGCAAAACGUUUGGAGGCCAGCACUCUCAGUCGAAGCCUGAAGCCCUGAACCGGUUACGCGACAGCCGGCUUUAAUGGACUAAUUUGCAGCCUUCUUUCCGUGGUUAUGUUGGGCCAAGUCACCUGUUCACCGACUCUCUUGGACUUUAGUUUUGACUAAGAACUUUUUGGGAGGGGGGGGGUGUCGUCUCCAUUGAGGAGUGUUUGUUACAGUGCCAAGAUGUCUGAAAGAUCCCAAAGCCCGGGUACGGAGUGUCAAAGUCGCCCGUAUGACUUCAGCCGGGCUUGCUCGCAGAUUUUGGGCCACGAGGGCCUCGGGGGUUCGCCCUUCCACCAGCUCCCCCUGCCAGAAGCGAGCGUGCUCUACAAGCAGUCCGCCUAUGGUGGCCUGCCGUCCGCCGCCGCUCAGAGCUUUUUCCCCUUCCCGGUGGGCGGCGGUGAUUACCGAGGUUCCGAGCUCCAGGCCGGGGAGUUCGGCCAGCCCAAACAUUGGUAUGCCUUCGCUCCGCCCGAGUACACCGGGCAGGUUCCCGGGAUGGCCGCGGCCAUGCAUCCCACUAACCUGAGCCCCCCCAUUGCCGAGACCCGCGAGCAAAUCAAGCUCACCGAUAUCAAGACGGAAAAAGACACCGGGGACGAGUACCCGAGCGAGGUGAAGCUCCAACAUUACCCGCCGGCCUCAGCCGCCAUGCCUGGAGUCUUCUACUCCAGCCCCUGGAACCCGUCCUUUUGGCCAGGUAUCAGCCACCUCACGCCGCCCGGCAGCGGGGGGAGCAGCAACCAGAAUCCGUCGACGUCUUCCGCGUCUUCGCCGUCCAUGUCACCCUCGCCGCCCAGCAACGGCGUGCCGGCGAAUGCCUUCUUCGGCGCCAACCCUGCCCAGGGCGCCCCCGGGCCUCAAGGCCAGAACCCGGCCACGUCUACGCGGAGCAGCGGCUCGUCCAGCGGCGGGUGUAGUGACUCGGAAGAGGAAAACCUCUCUACUGAAGAAUUGGAGCAGUUUGCCAAAGAACUUAAGCACAAACGCAUCACUCUGGGUUUCACUCAAGCUGAUGUUGGCCUUGCAUUAGGUAACCUUUAUGGUAAGAUGUUUAGCCAGACGACCAUUUGCCGCUUCGAGGCCCUCCAGUUGAGCUUCAAGAACAUGUGCAAGCUGAAGCCCCUCCUCCAGAGAUGGCUGAAUGAGGCCGAAACGUCGGAAAAUCCCCAGGAUAUGUACAAGAUCGAACGGGUAUUUGUGGACACCAGGAAGAGGAAACGGAGGACCAGCCUUGAAGGAGCCGUUCGCUCGGCUUUGGAGUCUUACUUUGUCAAGUGUCCAAAACCCAACACUCAAGAGAUCACGCACAUUUCAGAUGACUUGGGACUGGAGAGAGAUGUUGUCCGUGUGUGGUUCUGCAACCGGAGACAGAAGGGAAAGCGUUUGGCUCUCCCGCUGGAUGAAGAAUGUGACGGCCAGUACUAUGAGCAGAGCCCUUCGCCCCUCAACAUGGCUGCCUCCCCCGUACCCAGCCAGGGCUUUCCUCCGCCAGCUACCUAUCCCGGAGGCCCGCCGCCCACGCUUUAUAUGCCAGCGCUUCAUCGCCCUGACGUCCUGAAGCAAGCGCUGCACCCUGGACUGGUUGGUCACAUGACUGGAUAGAUGCUACAGACCCCGCAGAAGACGAGCUCCGUCCAAACUACCGGAACUACCUCCACGGAUUGCGGGACAGUUGAAGGUUCUCCCCAUCACAGUUAUUGUGUGCGACUGAUUAUUCCAUGCCAGCAACUUUGGAAGUAUUUUACUAUAACCUUUUAUGUCAUUCUGUAGGCCGGAUUUCCGAAAGUGCAUUUGACGCAAGGUGGCCUUUAGUUUUUUUUUGUGUCCUGUGAAUGAGUUUUUUUUUUUUUUUUUUUUUCUUGGAGGUCAGAAAAGUCAUUUGACAGUCAAUGAGGGGAAAUGUGGUUUGAGUUAUUCUAAUUUUCAACUCCGGUGUUUUGGUGGAAAAAAGACUGUUGGGGAAAGCUAUCGCGAUGAAAACAGUAUUUUCAUAUUGUAAAAAGUGCCUUUUUGACAUUUUUUGAAGAAAAGUUUCAGUAAUUGAUCAUCUAUAAUGGCUAUUUAACAUGUUGUUUUUCCCCAGGAGUUUGAAUGCAAUAUUUUAAGGAUCUGGUAACAAAAUGAUCCUUGCUGCUAAUUUCCUCUGCUUUUAUUGCACAUUUUCAACAUUUCAUCUCAGGUGAAGGUCUGUUCCUAUCCUAUACUUGACAAUUUUUGUAACAACAGCUAAGUGUCAACUUUUAUAUUUCUCAUGUUGUAUGUAUGUUUUUUUACCUCCUUUGAUGCCUAGUGAACAAAUGAAAGUUGCAUAUAGUGGUAUGAAAAAGUAUCUGAACCUUUUGGAAUUUCUCACAUUUCUGGAUAAAAUCACCAUCAAAUGUGAUCUGAUCAUUGUCAAAAUCACACAGAUGAAAAAAAACUGCUUUAACUAAAACCAACCAAACAUUUAUAGUUUUUAAUAUUUUAAUGAGGAUAGUAUGCAAACAAUGACAGAAGGGAGGGGGAUAAGUGAACCAUCACAUUUUAUAUUUUGUGGCCCCCCUUUGGCAGCAGCACCCUCAACCAGAUGCUUCCUGUAGCUGCAGAUCAGUCUGGCACAUCGAUCAGGACUAAUCUUCGCCCAUUCUUCUCUACAAAACUGCUGUAGUUCAGUCAGAUUCCUGGGAUGUCUGGCAUGAAUCGCUGUCUGUAGGUCAUGCCACAGCAUCUCUAUGGGUUUCAAGUCAGGACUUUGACAUGGCCACUCCAGAACGUGUAUUUUGUUUUUCUGAAACCAUUCUGAAGUUGAUUUCCUUCUGUGUUUUGGAUCAUUGUCUUGUUGAAUAAUCCAUCCUCUUUUUAGCUUCAACUGUCUGACAGACGGCCUCAAGUUUUCCUGCAAAACAUCCUGAGGAACUUCAUUCUUCCAUUAAUGAUUGCAAGGUGUCCAGGCCCUGAGAUAACAAAACAGCACCAAAUCAUGAUGCUCCCUCCACCAUGCUUCACGGUGGGGAUGAGGUGUUGAUGUUGGUGAGCAGUUUUCCUCCACACAUGGCGUUGCGUGUUGCUCCCAAACAAUUCUUUCGUUUCAUCAGUUCACAAAAUAUUUUGCCAAAUUUCUGUGGCGUGUCUUUAUGCGAACAUUAAACGAGCAAGGUUUUUUUUUUUUUUUUUUUUCCAUUUAGACGCAACAGUGCCAAACUCUCCAUUUGUAGACAACUUCUCUGACUGUCGAUUGAUGAACAUCCAGACUUUUAGAGAUGCUUUUGUAUCCUUUUCCUGCUUUAUACAGAUCAACAAUCAUUGAUCGCAGGUCUUCAGACAGCUCUUAUGGCCGAGCCAUGUUGCACAUCAGACAAUGCUUCUCAUCGAGACAAUUUGUGUGUUUUAUUGUGGGCAGGGCAGCUUUGAACCACUCAUCAGUGAUUGGGCACACACUUGACUUAAAAUGUUUGGUAAAAAUAGGUUUCUAUCGGCCUUUAAGUCUCCUUAGGCAGAGGGUUCACUUCAUUGUUUGCAUGCUGUCCUCAUUAAAAUAUGAAAACCUAUAAAUGUUUGUGUGGUUUUGGUUUAAGCAGACAUUAUUUUCAUCUGUGUGAUUUUGAUAAAGAUCAGAUCACAUUUGAUGGUGAUUAUAUGCAGAAAUGUGGGAAAUUCUAAAAGGUUCAGAUACCUUUUCCACACCAUUGUGCAUCUUUUUAAAAUAAGUUGUCCAACCUCUGAUGUUCAUAUCUCAUUGACGUCUUAUCCAUUUGAACUGGGAACUGCCAGCCCCUUCAAGUUCAAAUGGAGUUGACAUCUGUCACUGUCAAAGGCUGAGUUAAAACGGCCUUUUUUUAAAAUGGACAUUAUCUUUACUCAAACAUUUUAGCCACGCUUGAUAAAAAACAAUAUCAGAUUGUAAAUGGGUCACAGCUUCACAAUGCAUGUAACGGUCAGCAUUUUAACUCACCAUAACAUCAAGUCGUGAGUUUUUUCACCCCUAUAUUUUUUAAUGAUUUAAACUAAUUGUUGCCCACCAGCUGCCAGGUAAAAGUUUACAUUACCAUAAAUUUGUGUGCGUCAGUUUCAUUUUGGUGUAAUUUGUGUCAGUAAUGGUGCUUCAGGACCUUUUUUUUUUUUUUUUAUGUUAACUCAUUCACUGCUAUUGACAGAGCUAGUUGUCCAAUUUAUUUUAACAGGCAUGUAAUGAUAACUGCAUCCCUCCCAGUUCGAAUGGAUUAAAC